AUGGAUAUAUAUAGUAUUAUAAAAUCCAUCAUCACUUUGAUCGCCCAAAUAAGGCUGUAUUUUGGACAACUUCCGCAACCCCGUUCUAACGUGUCGGAGGUACCUUUCGCCGUUGUGUGGAAUGUACCAUCGGCUGUCUGUCAAGACAAAUUCAAAGUGCUGCUGAACUUAUCACAUUAUGGCAUCAUACAAAACCUGAACCAGUCGUUCUUCGGUGAGAAUAUUGUUCUGUUUUACGAACCAACCCCGGGAUUAUAUCCUAAAUAUUUAAGCAAUGGAUCGGCUAUCAAUGGAGGUCUACCCCAGAAAUCCAAACUACAGAAACAUUUAAGGAGAGUGCAGUAUGAUGUCAACAGAACUAUCCCUGUAGCCGAUUUCUCAGGUCUGGCUGUGAUAGACUGGGAAAGUUGGAGACCCAUCUUUGAUAGGAAUAUGUACGACAAAUCACAGGUGACGUAUAUCACGAAAUCAGAGGGUCUAGUCAGACAAUACCAUCCCACGUGGAAUGAUUCUCAGGUGAAGAUAGAGGCCCGGAAAGAAUUUGAAACAGCUGCAAGGUAG